AUUAAUGAAAAUCUAACGUUUUAAUAAGAUUUUGCUGAAUCAUUUCAAAAAAAUCCAAAAUUAGGCGCAAAACAUGUUGUUUUUCAAAAAUGUUUUACUUUGCUUAAUAGUUCCGAAACAAGUGUCGUAAUAUUUUUUGUAAGAGGUGAGUAUUUAGUUUGUUUAGGGUUGCGGUGGUGUUUUUCGCUGGAAAAGCGGCGAGAUUCCGGUGGUUGAGGGUGGUGUGCCCCCUCCGCGAAUCGUGAUAUAAAAGUGUGAGUGGCGAGAAGCGCGUGAGUUUAGUUCGACAGCGUCGAACGUAGCGUUGCUGACACGGGCAGUGCUGACGGUGUCGGUGUCGUCGAGUUCGCGGCAAUGCAAGUGCCAAGUGCAUGUGCAGCAAGUGCAGCAGGUGCAUAGUGAAGUGAGUGCGCUACUAAUGCCGGCUUAGCCCCCGGCUAUGGGCGUCAACUCGUGGGCUACACCAGCGGCGUGGACGUUCUUCUACCUAGUGCAAGUGCUAACUGCCGACCGGAGCCUUUUCCUCGACCUGGGCCUUAACGCGGCUCCGGACGUCGCCAAGAUCAACAUUAGCCAGGACGAAUACACCAAGAUGAUGACUCUUUAUCUUGACACUCGACAACAACACUCAAAUGACUAUUCCAUUCCCAAGCUGGUCACAUUCUAUCCCGUGAAGAGGGAUUGGUGGCCGCGUUUAAAGUUCCCGAUCCGUCCCCAGGAGGUGGAGGUGGAGAGCGCCCAACUCCGCAUCCUCGCCCCCGCCACUGGCAACCACACGUCGUUCCGCAUCCAAGUGACUCAAAUUUUGGGCGCGAGACGUCGCCGAGUGCUUGAAGAGAAACUCAUCCACUUGUCGCCCACUUUGCCAAAGUGGUGUGAAUUUGAAGUGACAAGUGCAGUGCAGUCUUGGCUAAACGGCGAAAGGAACUUAGGAAUAGAGUUAGUUUGCCUCGAGUGUAGAAAUAAUUAUUUAACUCCGCUGCAAGCCGCUGUUAGUGCUCUAGUUUACCCUGAACACAGACGCUCAAAACGCGCCACCUCCCCCUACCAAUCCUUGCGUCGAACGGAUUGUAGGAAGUUGCGAAAGGGGACAAGGAGGGUCUGUUGUCGGCACGACAUGGAGGUGACCUUCUCCAAGUUGAGGUUUAUUGAGAUGGGGUCCAUUGUGCAGCCCAAGUCGUACGACGCGGGCUUCUGCCAGGGACAGUGCCCCCCGAAUUUCAACUACGCGACUAACCACUCGCGGAUUCAGAGUCUCCUGCACCAGAUGGAGUGGAAGACAGGCAAGAGGAAUCGGAGGGCCGUGCCCAAGGCCUGUUGCGCCCCCUCGAAGCUAGAGCCUUUGGAAAUACUUAGAGUCAACCCCAGCGACACCACGAAACUUAUCGUGGAAAAGUGGGACAAUAUGCAAGUGGUAGAAUGCGCGUGUUCCUAGUACAGACAAUGCCAAAGACAUUUAGGAAAAAUUUACGGGUCAAUUUAGCAUUUCUACAUCAAUCUUCAACUCUUAAGUUACUGUGAUAUUAAUUGUAUUGUAUUUAUGCCUCAUCUCUCAGUUAUUUAUAAUUUCUCAUCUAAAGCUAGCCUAAAAGUAUUAUUUUAACUCAUCUUUUUAUAUUUAAUUUAAUGUUACUGUGUAAUUGAUGUACUGAUGAGUGAAAACGUUUACCAGUUUUGU